AUGGCGCUACAGGAUUAUAAUUUAGCAGCCGGGAAGAACACGUAUGUUUAUGAUUUUUCAUGAAAAAUACCAUCAAAGGUGAAAUAUUUGCCUUCCAGGAUUAGCAAUUAUUACACGAAUUUUCAAUAUUCUAGAGACCAUCAUCACAGACUUUAAAAUGGGAUUCUUGGACAGCAUACCAACCCAUAUGGAUUAUACGGGACAGAAACUAGCGGAGCAGAUAUUCCAGGCAAUAAUCAUGCUGUUUGGGGUUGUAGGGUUCGUCUGGGGUUAUGUCUGUGAGCAGUUCGUCCAGACUGUCUACAUACUUGGUGCUGGCUUUGUUCUUUCCUGUAUAUUGACCUUACCACCCUGGCCCAUGUACAGGAGAAAUCCAGUCGCAUGGCAGAAGCCUCAACAACAAGCAACCAUCGCGCCGCCAGCAGAAACUACGACACAAUCAGCAAGGAAGUCAGGGAAGAGGAAGGACAAAUCCAGAUAGAUUUGUCACAACGUUUCAUUAAAUGUUCCCAUUAUACGACGUUUUGUUUCUCUUUAGGCUAGUCAAAAGUAUUUCAAUUUCUAUUUAGACAAGUUAACUCAAUGCCUCACAAGUAAUCUACCUGUGCCACAAUGGAAGGACAAAUCCAGAUAGAAUUGUCAUUUGUCACAAUGUUUCAUUAAAUGUUCCCAUUUAUUCAAUAUUUUGUUUCUCUUUAGGCUAGCAAAAGUAUUUCAAUUUCUUUUUAGACAAGUUAGAUCUUUAAAUGCUAUUGUGGCACAGGAAGAUUAUUUGUGCCACAUAUAAAGAGUUAACAGUCAUAGUCUCUUUUUAAUAUGCCACUGGCACCUAUUCUUUCUUCUUCUUCUUCUUUUUUUCCCGUAACUUGCGGAAAUUUUUCUUGCAAUUUAUCUUGGACAUAACUUAAUUUGGAUAAUGGCAAUUGUUUAUAAGAUAUGGCCCUGAUUUGAUGUAUGAAAAUAAAAAUCUACAGGGAUUCUGUCUUGUGCACCCAAUUUCACUGCAUAAGUAUGCUUGAUAAAACUACUUGUCUUAGGGUAAUACCUUUUUAAUAUAAUUGUGAGCACUUUUUUGUCAAUGUUGUUUCGGUGAUUGUUUGUAUCAUUGUCUUUUUAAAUUAAUGUAGCAAACUGACAAUGCCAUUAGAGUACAUCUGUAUUCUGACACAGUUUUAAAUACUUUUGAUGUUAUUGUUCAACACGUACACGGUAGCACUGGAUAAUAUGCAGUACAAUAGUGUACUGGUCACUCUUGUACAUCAUUAUCAUUAUCCAUUUUGAAAAAAAAUCAUGAGCUCAUAGUUUGUUUUGCUAUUCAAUUUUUUGUCUUCUUUUCUUUGUCCUUUUUGGUAUGUUGCUUGUACGUUCUUAUAAUGAAUAUUAUUUGUUUGUCUUUGAUGUUUUUUGUCUUUGGUUAAAUUAUUUAGUGUAUACCAUGUACAUUCAUUUCCUUUUUUCCUCAUCCACAAAUAUUCAAAAGACAAACUAGAUAAAAUUUAUCAUGAUUUGAAAUCUUGUUACUGACAUCUUCAUUUGUUUUGGUACAUGUAUAUAAAGAUUAUUUCAUUCCUUAGCUACAUGACUUAAAGAUUUAAUACUGUGUAGUGUGUACCAAAUUUCUUGCACUUAUAUCUCAAUAAGCUAAAUUUACCAAUUAAAAUAUUUGUUAAAUUGAGAAUGGAAUAUUCAUGAAUUUCUUUAUUCUUGGUGCCUGGGAGUUUGGUUGUUUGAAAUACUGAAUAAUGGAAAUAAAUUUCAUAUGUCUCAAAAG